GCGGGGCCCGCGCGCACGCGCAGGGGCGGCCCCGGGAGCGAGCGGAGGGGAGUGGGAAUACCGGGAACACCGGCGGGAUCCGCAGCGAUGCCGGGGCUGCUGCUGGGGGACGAGGCGCCCAACUUCGAGGCGGACACCACGCAUGGCCGUAUCCGUUUCCACGACUUCCUGGGAGACUCAUGGGGCAUCCUCUUCUCCCACCCGCGGGACUUCACCCCCGUGUGCACCACAGAGCUGGGCCGGGCGGCCAAGCUGGCGGCCGAGUUCAGCAAGCGCAACGUGAAGAUGAUCGCGCUCUCCAUCGACAGCGUCCAAGACCACCUCUCCUGGUGCAAGGACAUCAACGCCUACAACGGGGAACAGCCCAUGGAGAAACUGCCCUUCCCCAUCAUCGCUGACAAGAACCGGGAGCUGGCUGUCCAGCUGGGCAUGCUGGACCCGGACGAGCGGGACAAGGAUGGCAUGCCCCUGACUGCCCGUGUGGUAUUCAUUUUUGGUCCGGAUAAGAAGCUGAAACUCUCUAUCCUGUACCCAGCCACCACCGGGAGAAACUUUGAUGAGAUCCUGAGAGUAGUGGACUCUCUCCAGCUGACGGCCUAUAAGAAAGUUGCUACUCCUGUGGACUGGAAGCCCGGUGACAGCGUCAUGGUUGUGCCCACCUUACCUGAUGAGGAAGCCAAGAAGCUCUUUCCCAAAGGAGUCUUCACGAAGGACCUCCCAUCAGGCAAGAAGUACCUGCGUUACACCCCGCAACCGGAGUGAGGUCUGUCCAUCCAUCCCGCCGGGCUGCACGCCCCUGGAGCCUUCCCCGUGCCCAGCUCCUGCCCCUCUGGCACCACACGAUCAAGCACUCUUGUACCAUCACACUUAUAGUACACACAGUACAAAAUCCUCCCCGUCCCGUUCAUCCCCCACUUGCCCUCAAAACUAAACCUCUGGGUGUUUUCUUGCCUUGAAUCAGCCCCACAAGGAAGGUGAGCAGACCAGUGAGGGGUCCAGGGCUCGUGCUGUGGAGUCUCUCCUGUUUGGUACCAGCCAAGGUUUUUCCAGAGGCAUGGUGAGAAGUGUGGUGUCAGCAGCCAGGCCCCAAAGGGGCAUCCUGCUGGGACAGGCAGGUCUGUGGGCUCCAAACUGCUGCGUGCCUUUCGAAGCAGCUGUCACUAACACGUUAACACCUUUGGUCCCAUGAGUAAGGGAGGAGCUGCAGAGCCAGAUCUCUCACUUCUUACUGCUUUAUCAUCUCUUGCUGGAGGUUGAUUGUUUUCGGGUUUAAUGGAGGAGGGAAUCAAGCAAAUAAACUGACCUUCAGUACUA